AAAGUUUCUAUUUUAAAAAUGAAAGCUAUCAGUCUUCUGGCAGAAGUUUUGCUGGCAGACAGACCCAGGGAUGGAUUGUAAGUAACAGGAUGUGGAGCAACUGGUAAAAUGAAGCAGCCCACAGCUGCUUAUACAUUUCUAAUGGAGGACAGGAUCAGAAAUGUUAAAUGUUUUGAGCAAACCUAGAGGGGACUCUGUCACAGAUCCAUCCAAGCAUGAAUUGUUCUGGAGAUGAUUUUUAUCAAAGGGAUGUGUGAGAACUGCACUUACUUCCUGAAUCAGUUAACCUGGUUUCUCUGCAGAGAUAGAGUCCCAAUUUGUUUCUCUGGCAAUCUUAAAGAGAGGAAUCCCUACUGGAAACAGCUGGAGUGAGAUGAAACUCUUAUAUCUGAGAAUAGACCUGAGUGCAUUCUGAUAUCCUGCUGGCAGCUAAUGGCUAACAAGAUUUGGAUCUUAGAAGGCACCAGAGUCACUCUUAAUAGCUGGUGAAGCCCACUUCUGCUAUCAAGCUUUUGUGAGAAGGAUUAAAAAUGUGUUGGCAGCUCCACUAGCAUGCUCUGGUGUUGCUUGUAACAAUCCUGGUAGUGGAAGGCAUUGCCGUUGCACAGAAGACACAAGGUGGGCAAAAUAUUGGAGUGAAUCGCAUUCCUCCCACUCAGUGUGACAACUGGGUCAGGACCAGUAAUGGAGGACAUUUUGCUUCACCAAACUACCCAAACAUGUACCCACCCAAUCAAGAGUGCAUCUAUAUCUUAGAAGCUGCUCCACGACAAAGAAUUGAGUUGACCUUUGAUGAACCCUAUUACAUAGAACCCUCAUUUGAAUGUCGGUUUGAUCACCUGGAGGUUCGAGAUGGACCUUUUGGGUUCUCCCCUCUCAUUAAUCGUUACUGUGGUCUGAAAAGUCCUGCACUAAUUAGAUCAACAGGGAGAUUUAUGUGGAUCAAGUUUAUUUCUGAUGAGGAGCUGGAAGGAAAGGGAUUUCAAGCAAAGUACUCAUUUAUACCAGAUCCUGACUUCACUUACCUAGGAGGUAUUUUAAAUCCCAUCCCAGAUUGCCAAUUUGAGCUCUCAGGAGCUGAUGGAAUAGUACGUUCCAGUCAAGUAGAACAAGAAGGAAAAACAAAACCAGGACAAGCAGUUGACUGUAUCUGGACAAUUAAAGCCACUCCAAAUGCUAAGAUCUAUAUGCGAUUUCUGGACUAUCAAAUGGAGCAUUCCAAUGAAUGCAAAAGGAACUUUGUUGCUGUGUAUGAUGGGAGCAGUUCCAUUGAAAACCUGAAGGCCAAGUUCUGCAGCACGGUGGCCAACGAUGUCACGCUGCAGACAGGGACAGGGGUGGUGCGGAUGUGGGCAGAUGAAGGCAGCAGACUCAGCAGGUUCAGAAUGCUCUUCACUUCCUUUGUGGAUCCUCCCUGCUCAGGCAACACUUACUUCUGUCAUAGCAACAUGUGCAUCAAUAAUUCUUUAGUCUGCAAUGGCAUUCAGAACUGUGCAUACCCUUGGGAUGAGAAUCACUGCAGAGAAAAGAAAAAAUCUGGAUUGUUUGAACAAAUCACCAAAACCCAUGGGACAAUCAUUGGCAUCACAACAGGGAUAGUUUUAGUUCUUCUCAUCAUUUCAAUUCUAGUGCAAGUAAAGCAACCUCGCAAAAAGGUUAUGGCUUGCAAAACUGCCUUCAAUAAAACUGGUUUCCAGGAAGUUUUUGAUCCUCCUCACUAUGAACUGUUCUCACUAAGGGACAAAGAAAUUUCUGCAGAUUUGGCAGAUUUAUCAGAGGAACUUGAAAACUAUCAGAAACUGCGCCGCCCUUCAACAGCUUCCAGAUGCAUUCAUGACCACCACUGUGGCUCCCAGGCCUCCAAUAUCAAACAGAGCAGGACCAACCUGAGCUCCAUGGAACUGCCCUUCCGCAAUGACUUUGCGCAGCCCCAGCCCAUGAAAACAUUUAACAGCACAUUCAAGAAAAGCACUUACACUUUCAAGCAAGCUCAUGACUGCCCUGAGCAGGUGAUAGAAGACAGGGUGAUGGAGGAGAUUCCAUGUGAAAUCUAUGUCAGAGGAAGGGAAGAUACAGCACAAGGUUCAUUAUCUAUUGACUUUUAACUUCCUGCUGAAGGUGGUAUCAGUGUAUAUACAAAAUGCUCGUGUACAAUGACAGUGUAUAUAUUAAAAGUGUACCAUAUGCAGCGUGUGAGAUGCACACACUUUUAGCUUAUUCUACUUCAUUUCAGAAAACAAAACCAGUCUUCAUAAUUAAUUCUUGCUGAAAAAGUGGUGGAUUUCCCCAAGCUACCUAUCUAGUGGAGGAGUAAGAUGGAGACUUUGCAUGGAAAUUUUAAGAUAGGAUGUUGGAAGAAAAAACCCUACAACUACUAAUCACUGAACAGUGGAAGCAAUGACUACUAUUCUCUUCUUCAUACCAUUUUCUCUUCUUUAGAUGUCUGCUUUUCAAGACAGUUUUAAUACCUCACUUGCAUAAAUAAAAGUAGUUAAGUGCACCAUGUGUAUGUCAACAUAGGUGUCUUAUUGUAUUUGUCAAAUUGAAAGUAGAGUUAGUGUUAAGUGCCAGUUAAGACUCACAAAUUAUGUUACAGCCAUCUGUUUCACUUGCCUUUAAUUAUCAUUUCCACACUCUAUGCUUUGUGAGAAAUAAGUGAAAAGGGUUGCUGCCUUUUAACAAUAUCAAGUGAUAUUAAUUUUAGUACAUUUUGAAAUAUCUUUGCAGCUUUCAGUUAAAACACAAGUGAGUAGUCAUUUUAUUCUAGAUGCCGACUUCUACAACAGUUUUCGUUCAAGAAGGUUUAGGAUUUUAAAAUAUUCUGCCAUAUAUUAUAGCUCCAUAUGGCGCACUGAUUUCACAGCUCUGUACUUAGGAAACAAUUUUGUUCCUGAGUUUUCCAAGUAUUUACAUAAAUAGAUUGUACUGUACAUUUGUCUCUUAAAAUAGCUUUUUACUCCUUGUUGCAGCCAAUCUUCCCUACUGAAAUCAGUGAUGAUACUUUUAGCUCAUGUCCUACUUGCCUGAAAAGAACUGCUCUGAGAUCUGUGUGAUUACUGGGUAUAUGAAGGUACUGGAAACAAAGAAAUCACAAAGCAACUCCAAUUAACCCCUGUGGUAUCCUUCUUGUGCCCCUUGUUUCCACUUGCAAAAUUGCACAUUUCAUACCUUUUUAAAUGGUGGUUUGGACCUAAUUUAAAAAUUUUUACAAUAUAGAAGAAAAAUUUUAAAA